UAAAUGUGGGUAGUCCCAGUUGGUUGCCUCAGACUUGGAGGAUAGGACGUUGGGUGCUUCUUUCUUAUAGAGAGAUAGAAGAGAGGAAGUUGUAAUCUGAAAGGUUGAUGGAGGAACAGCUUAACCCAUUAGCCGCCACACAUCUCCUUCAACAGACUUUGAGAAGCUUAUGUAUUCAUGAAAACUCUCAAUGGGUUUAUGCUGUGUUCUGGAGGAUCUUGCCUAGAAAUUAUCCACCACCAAAAUGGGACGUACCAGGAGGAGCCUAUGACAGGUCAAGAGGAAACAGGAGGAACUGGAUUCUAGUAUGGGAGGAUGGGUUCUGCAAUUUUGCAGCUUCAACCGCCGAGAUCGAGUCCAGCAAUUGCCCAGACUCCUCUGUAUAUGGAAACUUCGAAUUCCAACACCUCAAAGGCCUGCAACCUGAGCUUUUCUUCAAGAUGUCCCAUGAAAUCUACAACUAUGGAGAAGGUUUGAUUGGAAAGGUGGCUGCAGAUCACAGCCAUAAGUGGGUAUUCAAGGAGCCAGGUGAUCAAGAAAUCAACUUCCUCUCUGCAUGGCAUAACCAAGGAGACUUGCAUCCAAGGACAUGGGAAGCUCAGUUCCAGUGUGGCAUCAAGACCAUUGCUUUGAUUGCAGUCAGAGAAGGUGUUGUUCAAUUAGGAGCACUUCACAAGGUGGUAGAAGACCCGAGCUACGUUGUUCUACUGAGAAAGAAGUUCAGUUAUCUGGAGAGCAUCCCAGGUGUACUCCUACCACAUCCAUCAUCUUCAGCAUUCCCCUUCAAGGUCGAGGGAUGCAGUAGUGCAGCAGACACUUGGCCAGGUAACUCGGCACUCACCGCCCCGACAAUAACAGCGAUGACAAACGAAUUUUACAAUCAGUAUGGUCAGCCUGUAAAGAUCACUCCGUCCAUGAGCAGCCUUGAAGCACUUCUCUCAAAGCUCCCGUCUGUGGUGCCCUCACCGUCCCCAUCCUCAUCGGGAUACUCUGGGUCGUCACCGCAGCUUCUAUUGUCAUACCAACCACCACCAUCAUCGUCCCAAUACUGUGAUACAUCACCACACCAGCCAUUGGAAUUGAUGGGGAAGGAGAAGCUGGCCAAGGAAGUGAUAGACGAGGAAUAUGGAGAAGGGAGAGAGAGAACCCAGAGUAGCAGUUCCAUGUCAUCAUAUCAUUAUCACCAUCAUCAUCAGUACCAUCACCACCUAAACUUAAGCAACAACAGGCCCAACAAAGAACCCUAACUGAUAUGGAUAGAGAGAGAGUCUGGGGGUGUUAGCACCAAAGACUAAGGUUCAAGAAUCUAAUGACAGGGAUGGCAACUUAGGUUAAAACAAUUAGUUUGGGGUGGGGCUUGGGUAAGGGCUUGAAACUUGUAAGACACCAACCAUAGAAUAGGGUCAUAAGUUGUACUAAGAGGGCACCAAAGGAUCUCACUCAAAACGAAGCACUAAUGAAAAGGUAAUACCUCUCUGAUGUUUGGUGAAUAGCUAGUUUUUUUUGUGUUGCUAUGUAAGCAGGACUGCUUAAGACCAGGAGGCAAGCAUUGUUUCAUUUUUCUUUUGUUUAUAUUCAAUAAGUUCAACAUAGCUUUAAGUGCA